AUUAAACACAACCUUGGUACAGAGAAUGUAUCUGGUCCUGCUGCAGCUAAUGCAGGUCAUGUCUGUGGCAGGUGCAUCCCAAAGCCCCUCUCCUGCAGAUUCUGCGUGUGGCUGGAGCCCAGGAGGACAUCUUUACCCUCAAGGAGGUGAGUGGACACAUUUGGCAUGGUAAUAGCCCUAUAAGAUAAAGCUAUAUUGCACUUAUUAAAACUUAACUUCACAAAUUGUUUUAAAAAUGUGUGUGUCAGGUGAUGCACUACCUGGGCCAGUACAUCAUGGGGAAGCAGUUGUAUGAUAAACAGAGGCAGCACAUAGUGCACUGCCAGGACGACCCACUGGGAGAGCUGCUGGAGGUCGAGAGCUUCUCCGUCAAAAACCCCAGGUGAGCACUCUCUCACACCCACAGGCUCAUGCUCAGUACACAUUAUACUUACCCUGUACAUAAUACACUAAUGCUGUAUACUUAACACUUCAGGUCGAGUCUACAAUUACACAUUUACAAUUUAAUCAAAUGUGUCCUGUUUUGCAGUCCAGUCUACGAGAUGCUGAAGAAGUAUUUAGUUGUGCUGAAUUGUUCGGGUAAGUGAUCGAUGCCUCCAUUGCUUGUGAGAUUUUCAUUUUAAAAAUACAUUUUGAUGCAUUUGAAUAUGAUCCUGGCUGAAACAGCUGAAAAAGACUAAUGCUAUGCUGCUUUGUCUGGAUUGAGUGUGGGAUGAUUGUUGAUAUGAAAUCAAUUUACAUAUUGUCUCUUUUUCUCCUUGUGUACAGUCAAAUCAUAUAAUUGUAGGUUUUGAUUCAUGUACAUUGGAUCUUAAUGAAUGUUGUAGCUAUAAGAAUGAUUGUUUUACCAACCAGUGAAGAAUCAGUCUCUAUUUGUAUUGUCAUCUACUCUUUAAGCUCAGUCUUGCUGGUUGGAGGUGAAAGGUGUGCAUGUGUAAACUGUAAACCUGGAUCUCUCUUGAUGUGGGAGGUGUUUAACUCCUCAUUUGCCCGGCAGAAUUCUUUGAAGAAACCAGAGCUACAGUGUACCUAUAGGGUGUGUGUGAGUGUGUGUGUGGAGUGUGUUAAUUAAAGGGCAGGGUGUGUUUUGUGUGUUACUGUAUCUCAUUCUGAAACGCAGACGCUGCAGAGAGUCUUUCUGUGGGACGUGAGUGUGUAGAGGGCGGAGUGGAGGACCGCGGUCAGGUAAAGCUGAAGCAUGGUGCCCAGGAGAAACAGGGACCCUCAAGCCCACCACCUCACCACACACAACCCCCCAGGGUAGCUCAAUCAGUCAGUCUCUUCAAAAUGUAAUGAGCCAUGCGCACAGCUUCAUUGUUGAGAUAUCAAUUGUUCUGGCCAACUGAUUUUUUUAUUCAUUAACCCCAUUAUCAAAGUUGGAAUCCAAUCAACUGGGUUUUAAAAUGAUUAGCUGCAUUGAAAAUGUAGAGCAGUUCAUUUGUUUUCCCAAGUUUAUUGAGCCAGUAGCUUGUGUGUUGUGAGGGGAGGGGAGGGCCGCUGUCUCCGCAGGUGUUUAUGUGUACAGAGUGGCACCGUCUCUGUACAUCCCCAUCUCUGGCCUGGCCUGGUGGAGCUCCAACACACCACACUGCCGGACCCACCAGCACCACUCAGAGCAUGGGGGGCAGAGUCACUGUCUCUGUCUGUCUCAGAGUUCUCUUCUCUGCCCCGAACCUGCUGGAGGAACACAGCUCCUGAUCCCGUCUCGGUCCAAACACCCACUCCCCCAUCUACCCCUUCCUCUCUCUACCCGCCCCACACCUGCCCCUUCCCCAAACUUCCCAAACCUGCCCCUCCACGCAAAAUCUGCCCCCUCUCUCUUCCACCGAAACCACACACCCCACUUCCCCUUCUCCCUAACACCCCAACUGCCCUUCUCCCCCUUCACCAACACCCCAAUGGUUUCUUUCCCCAACAUCUCGUUUCCACUUAGCAUUAGUUGCCUCUAGGCCAAUAGUGGAUAUGGGAGCUUACAGUGAGAUAUGACUAGAGAAUAAUGAAUGAAUGAAUGAAUGAAUGUUGAUCAUAUGGAUAGUGAUCAUUGGGUUUGUAAUUAUCUGUGACUGCAACUUUUGUUGAGAAGAGGCAUGCAGAAAUCACUGACUGAUAUUAUAAAUGAAAAAUAUCAAUUCCCUCAGUACUUGUGUAUUGCAAUUUGAAAAAUAACAAAAAUAAAGACUGUGGGAGGACUGGCUCCUCUUCGUCAAGAAAUGCAUGCAGACCAAUUAAAGGUGUAGUCACUUGUCAUCUAAUCACGGCAUCGUGUUGAAUAGUAUUUUAACUUGUGUGUGAUUAUGGAAGAUUGAAUGCUGCAUCUGCGUUGUGGUGUGUCCAUACUAAUGCUUGUCUGGUUCAUACAAACACCCAAAAUGUGUAUGAUUCCAGAAUAAUUUAGGCAGAUUAGUUUUCACUCUCUCUUAUGUCUCCUUUAAUUUUCACCCUUGCCCUUAAUAUGUGUGGCUCUGUUGCCCAGUCUGUCUCUCUGUCAGUCCUUAUGUGGCCCUCCACUGCCCCAGUACCCAUGGACCUACUCCACUGUCCUGCCCCCCACCCUCACCCUGACCACUAGGCCAUGCUGUGAGGGAGCUGUGGUUCCACCAAGUGCCCAGUUUCUGCUCUGUUAUCUGAUUGGCUCUCCUCUCCUCCCCUCCUACUUGUGUAGGUGUGUGGGGGAGUGGCCAAGGCGGACCUGGAAGUGGCCAGUGACGAGGCCCUCCCCAUGCAGACCCCGUCUCAGAGACGACCCCGGGAGCCUGACGAAGGUAAACUCACUCACAUGGCUAUACAGUGGGGGAAAAAAAGUAUUUAGUCAGCCACCAAUUGUGCAAGUUCUCCCACUUAAAAAGAUGAGAGAGGCCUGUAAUUUUCAUCAUAGGUACACGUCAACUAUGACAGACAAAUUGAGGGAAAAAAAUCCAGAAAAUCACAUUGUAGGAUUUUUUAUGAAUUUAUUUGCAAAUUAUGGUGGAAAAUAAGUAUUUGGUCACCUACAAACAAGCAAGAUUUCUGGCUCUCACAGACCUGUAACUUCUUUAAGAGGCUCCUCUGUCCUCCACUCGUUACCUGUAUUAAUUGCACCUGUUUGAACUUGUUAUCAGUAUAAAAGACACCUGUCCACAACCUCAAACAGUCACACUCCAAACUCCACUAUGGCCAAGACCAAAGAGCUGUCAAAGGACACCAGAAACAAAAUUGUAGACCUGCACCAGGCUGGGAAGACUGAAUCUGCAAUAGGUAAGCAGCUUGGUUUGAAGAAAUCAACUGUGGGAGCAAUUAUUAGGAAAUGGAAGACAUACAAGACCACUGAUAAUCUCCCUCGAUCUGGGGCUCCACGCAAGAUCUCACCCCGUGGGGUCAAAAAGAUCACAAGAACGGUGAGCAAAAAUCCCAGAACCACACGGGGGGACCUAAUGAAUGACCUGCAGAGAGCUGGGACCAAAGUAACAAAGCCUACCAUCAGUAACACACUAUGCCGCAAGGGACUCAAAUCCUGCAGUGCCAGACGUGUCCCCCUGCUUAAGCCAGUACAUGUCCAGGCCCGUCUGAAGUUUGCUAGAGUGCAUUUGGAUGAUCCAGAAGAGGAUUGGGAGAAUGUCAUAUGGUCAGAUGAAACCAAAAUAGAACUUUUUGGUAAAAACUCAACUCGUCGUGUUUGGAGGACAAAGAAUGCUGAGUUGCAUCCAAAGAACACCAUACCUACUGUGAAGCAUGGGGGUGGAAACAUCAUGCUUUGGGGCUGUUUUUCUGCAAAGGGACCAGGACGACUGAUCCGUGUAAAGGAAAGAAUGAAUGGGGCCAUGUAUCGUGAGAUUUUGAGUGAAAACCUCCUUCCAUCAGUAAGGGCAUUGAAGAUGAAACGUGGCUGGGUCUUUCAGCAUGACAAUGAUCCCAAACACACCGCCCGGGCAACGAAGGAGUGGCUUCGUAAGAAGCAUUUCAAGGUCCUGGAGUGGCCUAGCCAGUCUCCAGAUCUCAACCCCAUAGAAAAUCUUUGGAGGGAGUUGAAAGUCCGUGUUGCCCAGCGACAGCCCCAAAACAUCACUGCUCUAGAGGAGAUCUGCAUGGAGGAAUAGGCCAAAAUACCAGCAACAGUGUGUGAAAACCUUGUGAAGACUUACAGAAAACGUUUGACCUGUGUCAUUGCCAACAAAGGGUAUAUAACAAAGUAUUGAGAAACUUUUGUUAUUGACCAAAUACUUAUUUUCCACCAUAAUUAGCAAAUAAAUUCAUUAAAAAUCCUACAAUGUGCUUUUCUGUAAAAAAAAAUCUCAUUUUGUCUGUCAUAGUUGACGUGUACCUAUGAUGAAAAUUACAGGCCUCUCUCAUCUUUUUAAGUGGGAGAACUUGCACAAUUGGUGGCUGACUAAAUACUUUUUCCCCCCCACUGUAUAUAACUGAUAUAUUAUUUGAGUCCUAACCCCCUGUGGCCCCUCCCUCAGACUCUUUAGAUGCUUUGCCCCAGUCGGCCUGCAAACGGCCCAAGCUCGACGUCACCCUUGACGAGUGGGACCUCUCAGGGCUGCCCUGGUGGUUUCUUGGUAAUCUGCGUAACAACUACAGUCGCAGAAGCAACGGCUCUACGGACAUCCACACUAAUCAAGUAAGAAAAAUAGUUAAUGCUGUUUACUAUAGUCAGUUUAUUUGCUUGUCAAGGGGAUAAACUCAGGGAGCAUAGUCAUACAGUGAUGAGGUCACACACAUCCUGACUGAGGGAUCAGCUGUCUCCUGCGCAGGAUGAGGACACAGCGAUCGUGUCGGACACGACGGACGACCUGUGGUUCCUGACAGAGGGGGGGAGUGAACAGGUGAGUGUUGAAAUGAAGGAGGCCGUGCUGGAAGAAGGGAGUGGAGGAGAGGGAGAGCCACCACCCGAAGAGGAGGGAGGAGGAAAAGAGGAAAAGGCUGAUAAGGAGGUAGGACUGUGUUCUCCUGUAGUCCCUAUGUUGAGUGGUACAUGAACAAUGAUAUUUUCUCUUUAUAGCUCUUGUACUAUGGAGUAUUAUUUCAGACUAUAGCUAGGUUCGAAUCAAAUCAAAUUUUAUUGGUCGCAUACACCUAUUUAGCAGAUGUUAUUGCGAGUGUAGUGAAAUGCUUGUGUUCCAAGCUCCAAUAGUGCAGUAAUAUCUAACAAUACACAGAAAUCUCAAAGUAAAAUAAUGGAAUUAAGAAAUAUAGAAAUAUUAGGACGAGCAAAGUCGGAGUGGUAUACAGUAGAAUACAAUAUAUACAUAUGAAAUUAGUAAAACCAGUAUGUUAACAUUAAAGUGACCAGUGAUUCCAUGUCUAUGUAGAUAGGGCAGCAGCCUCUAAGGUGCAGGGUGGAGUGACCGGGUGGUAGCCGGCUAGUGAUAGUGACUAAGUUCAGGGCAGGGUACUGCGGGGAGGCCGACUAGUGAUGGCUAUUUAACAGUCCGAUGGCCUUUAGAUAGAAGCUAUUUUUCAGUCUCUCGGUCCCAGCAUUGAUGCACCUGUAUUGAUCUCGCCUUCUGGGUGAUAGCAGGGUGAACAGGCUGUGGCUCGGGUGGUUGAUGUCCUUGAUGAUCUUUUUGGCCUUCCUGUGACAUCGGGUGCUGUAGGUGUCUUGGAGGGCGGGUAGUUUGCCCCCGGUAAUGCGUUCGGCAGACCGCACCACCCUCUGGAGAGCCCUGUGGUUGCGGGUGGUGCAGUUGCCGUACCAGGCGGAGAUCCAGCCCGCCAGAAUCCUCUGGUGCAUCUGUAAUAGUUUUGUGAGGGUCUUAGGGGCCAAGCUGAAUUUUUUUCAUCUCCUGAGGUUAAAGAGGCGCUGUUGCGCCUUCUUCACCGCACUGUCUGUGUGGGUGGAGCAUUUCAGAUUGUCAGCGACGUGUACGCCGAGGAACUUGACGCUUUUCACCUUCUCCACUGCGGUCCCGUCGAUGUGGAUGGGGGCGUACUCCCUGUGCUGUCUCCUGAAGUCCACGAUCAGCACCACUCCCCCAGGGCCCUCACUUCCUCCCUGUAGGCUGUCUCGUCAUUGUUGGUAAUCAGGCCUACUGCUGUUGUCGUCUGCAAACUUGAUGAUUGAGUUGGAGGCGUGCAUGGCCACACAGUCAUGGGUGAACAGGGAGUACAGGAAGGGGCUGAGCACACACCCUUGUGGGGCCCCUUUGUUGAGGAUUAGCGUAGUGGAGGUAUUGUUUCCUACCUUCACCACCUGGGGGCGGCCCGUCAGGAAGUCCAGAACCCAGUUGCACAGGGCGGGGUUCAGACCCAGGGCCCCGAGCUUAAUGAUGAGCUUGGAGGGUACUAAGGUGUUGAAGGCUGAGCUGUAGUCAAUGAACAACAUUCUUACAUAGGUAUUCCUCUUGUCCCGAUGGGAUAGGGCAGUGCGAUGGCGAUUGCAUCGUCUGUGGAUCUAUUGGGGCGGUAUUCAAGUUGAAGUGGGUCUAGGGUGUCAGGUAAGGAGGAGGUGAUAUGAUCCUUAACUAGCCUCUCAUGAUGACUGAAGUGAGUGCUACAGGGCGAUUAGUCAUUUAGUUCAGUUACCUUUGCUUUCUUGGGUACAGGAACAAUGGUGGACAUCUUGAAGCAAGUGGGGACAGCAGACUGGGAUAGGGAGAAAUUGAAUAUGUCCGUAAACACUCCAGCCAGCUGGUCUGCGCAUGCUCUGAGGACGUGGCUAGGGAAGCUGUCUGGGCCGGCAGCCUUGCAAGGGUUAACACGCUUAAAUGUCUUACUCAUGUCGGCUACGGAGAACGAGAGCCCACAGUCCUGGAGAGCGGGCCGCGUUGGUGGCACUGUUAUCCUCAAAGCAGGUGACGGUGUUUAGCUUAUCCGGGAGCAAGACGUCGGUAUCCGUGAUGUGGCUGGUUUUCCCUUUGUAAUCCGUGAUUGUCUGUAGACCCUGCCACAUACGUCUCGUGUCUGAGCUGUUGAAUUGCGUUUCCACUUUCUCUGUACUGACGUUUUUGCCUGUUUGAUUUCCUUACGCAGGGCAUAACUGCACUGUUUGUAUUCAACCAUAUUCCCUGUCACCCUGCCAUGGUUAAAUGCAGUGGUUUGCGCUUUCAGUUUUGCGCGAAUGCUGCCAUCUAUCCACGGUUUUUGGUUUGGGUAGGUUUCCAUCCAAUUAGCGACAGAUUUUCAUGCGAAUAUUCUAAAAUCCGCAUAAAGAAAAUAUGCACAUUUUCCCACCAGUGGUGUUUCCAUCAAACUGACUUGUUGUGGAUGAAAAAAUAAGUUCUUGAUGACGUAGUGCACACAAUGUACUUUUUUUCCUCCGUUUCUUUACGUUUUCAUGUACCAAUUAAAAAUCGAAAGCUCAAUGUGUUUCCAUCGCAUUUUCAACUCUACCGAUAGUUUUGUCACAAACAUUUGCAUUAAAUAGCAAAUGUUCCUACUCUGGUCUUGGCACGUGCGCUCUAGCCAACAGUUCCCAGAUACAUUGCGGGUAGGCUUAUCUACAUGAUGAGAUUAUUAUGGAUAAGACGAAGAGUAUUUGUCAAACGGCGGUCAGGCAUCGAUCAUCAUGUCACCAGAAUAAGACCCUCGAUAUUUAUUGGAAAGGAGCAUCAAGAUCACUGUGCACUUUCACCACCCUGUGAAGUUCAUCAUAACUUAUUUCAUCUGUAGCCUAAUAAACUGCUUGGUUUCCAGAGUCGUAGUGGGAGGACCACACACCAUAUCAUCGCGUGACUCAAAGUUUACUUCGAUAUGAUGGUUAUGAUAUCAAUAGUUGCGCAUAAAGGCGUUUACACCGCCAUUUCUAGCAUUAAUUCAUUUGACACAAAAAGAUCCCACCACGCCGAACGUAUAAAUGUUGUCUGCAAUUAUAAAAUGUAACCGAACACAGCUGUCAUGAUUUUUAUACGGUAUGACUUUACUCUCAUAAAAACUGUAUGGAAAUGUGGUUUAUGUGACUGAUGAGUGUCUCUCGUCUCUCCUCAGAUGCAGGAGGAGCCAGAUGAAGACUCGCAGUGUCUGAGUGACGAUACGGAUACAGAGAUCUCUACACAGGUCCGUCUCCAUCUCUGUUUUCCAUCUUUUUGUCUCGUUCUCUCUCUCUUUCGCUCUACUUUGUCUCCCUCUGUCUGACUGUCUCUGUCUCACAUGACACUGAUAGUUCCUUGUAGCUGCCUCUUGUCUAACAUGUUCUCUAACCCUCUCUCUCAGGAUGCAUGGCAGUGUACAGAGUGCAGGAAGUACAACUCUCCUCUCCAGCGCUACUGCGUACGCUGCUGGGCUCUACGCAAGAACUGGUACAAAGACGUCCCACGGCUGGUCCACUCACUCUCCGUCCCCGACAUCCCAGCAUGCAGUUCUCUGGCCCCGCGCGACGAUGAGGAGGAAAGCGACACAGGCAUCGAUGUCCCAGACUGCCUCAGGACCGUGUCCGACCCAGUCAUCCUGCCCUCCCACUCCACCCCCGACCGCCCGCUGCCCCCCGGGGUUCCAGGGAAGGGCAAGGGUCCCAGGCCGCGCGGCCUGCCCAGGGAGGAGCAGCUCUCUGGGGGAGAGAGUCAGGAAAGCCUGGGGAUGGAAGUGGAGGUUAGGCCCGAGGCUCUGUUGGAGCCCUGUAAGCUGUGUCGGAUGCGUCCGCGUAACGGGAGUAUUAUACACGGCCGCACGGCUCACCUGCUAACCUGCUUCUCCUGCGCCAGGAGGCUCCACAAGUUCCACGCUCCAUGUCCCGGCUGUGGACAGAUCAUACAGAAGGUUAUAAAGACAUUCAUAGCCUGAGAGGAUUGGAACACACAGACGUAAUGUACAAGGUUAUUUAAAAUUGGAAAAAGACACAAUCACUUGCAUCAAAACCCACUCAUACGCCCCAGAGACACACAGAGUGUAGCACUUAGAAGAGCAUGUUCCCUUUUGCUCUCUGUUGCCUUGUAUUGUGUUUGCAUCACACUGCCUCUGAGCUAUGGCGCUAGUAAUGGAAGGUACAAACCCAGCAAUUUAUUUCUUGAAGUAUCCAACUAUAUACUUUUCUCUGUGCCACAUUUCAUGAAAGUCAUUUGCCACUAAAUGUAACAUCCUAGGUAUUUAUUUAUUUGAGGGCCAAGCAUCACUGUACAUAUGAAAACGCAGCUGUCAUUGAAGUUAAUUUUGACAGACAACGAUAUGUGAGACUUACGUUUUUGUUCCCGACAGAAGACCUGUGGACAUUUGUUUCCUAUUGGCCGCUGUUGUAAGUGUCCAGAAAAUGCUUUCUGCCAGUUAUCAGGCUGCUGACGUGUUUGCUGCCAUACGCUAUGUUUUAUCCCUUAAAGACCGCUCUUCUCUCCCUAGGUUAAGAUGGUAAGCUAGCUACACACUGGCUGACUACAGCUCCUCCAGUGAGUGCAGGUAUGAAUUCUCAUUGCCAUGUGUAUUCAUGGAGCCUCAGUGCCUCAAUGCUUUGGUGGUCCUCCUCUUCUCCUGUUUGGUCCUUUGUUUUUCUUUUAUCAUUUCUCUGCAGUGUUUUGUUAGUGUGUUCUUGAAAAACGAAGACAAGGGGGAUCGAAAGGAGAUUUUCGAUACAUACUUUAAAAAAAAAAAUCUGAUUUAUUGACAACGUUUUGGUUGCAAGGCCUAUUUUCAAGAUAAAUCAAUAAGAAACAUCUCCUUUUUAUCCCAUUGUCAUUGUUUUUCAAUAGUAUACAUACCCCCAGGGAGAAGUCUUUACCAUGCAGCACUGAUCAGAAUGCUUUGUCUUACUGUCCUUGUACUCACAAUGCAAGGGAAUGUACUGCUCAGAUAAAUGUAUUUGCCUCUGUUCAAAGGCUAGUUAGUAAAAAUUAGUUGAUAUUAACGAUAACCAGUCUGAAAUAUAGUUGAAGAGGCACGUCUAGAGCCCACAAUGUGGAGUUUUUGUAAAUUAGCCCAUUUCAAUAAGGAAAUACACUAUAUACAAAAGUAUGUGGACACCCCUUCAAAUGAGUGGAUUCAGCUA